CCGCUAAUGAUUCCUGUAGGAGCCGUAAUGGCUGAGGGCUGCCCAGCAUGUCAGGUAUUAACAGAUCGAGUGUGAUUAAAUGUGGGAGGUAGGAGCUGUGAGGCUGGCGGAGAGCGCUGCCGCCGCUGCGAGCUGGAAACUACUGAAUGGGAAUCUAUCCGGCAACUUCAACACACUGCUGUCUCACGUCGACGCGAGGGCUCUGCGUAAAACCAAGCGGCGCGUCUCCAAGUGUGUCCAGCGCACAGACGGAGAGGACGCUCAAGUUGGAUCGGACGAGCAGCUUUUCACUUGUUCCCGGCGCUCGGCUCCCGCGAACAUGCCUGCUAUCAAAAAGGAGAGGCUGGACGGCGACGACAUGGCACUGACCGCCUUCAACCAGUCCGAAUACCUGGCCCCUUUAAAUGCCACCGCUAUCCCCGUGGUGACCCCGCACCCGCCGCCCUACGAUCACAUUUUCGCCCAUCACCGCGCGUACUUGGGGCUCCACGACUCGACGCUGCAUCACCAGCACCUCCACCAUCACACGGACGACUUGAUGCUGGAGAGGUUCUCCUCCAUCCCGGACUUUCAGCCCUUUUUCGACAACGGGGAGCCGUGCAUCGAGGUGGAGUGCGGCGAAAACAAGGCUUUGCUUUAUAUCAAUAAGCUGUGCCAAGGCAGUAAGGGCCCCUCGAUAAAAUACCGGGGUGAGUGGCUCACCCCCAACGAGUUCCAGUUUGUCAGUGGACGAGAGACUGCCAAAGAUUGGAAACGGAGCAUUAGACACAAAGGGAAAAGUCUCAAGACUCUCAUGUCAAAAGGAAUCUUACAGGUGCAUCCACCAAUCUGCGAUUGUCCUGGCUGCCGAAUUUCAUCUCCGGUGAACCGCGGGCGCUUGGCUGAGAAGCGGACCAUCCCUGUACCCCCCAACCGGGUGCCCAAGAAGGAGCUGGCCUCCAUCUUCAGCAGUGACGACAGUGAAGGCAGUGAGCGUGCCAGUGGGGACCAUGCCCACAUCAAGCAGGAGGACGAGCUGCAUUACAGUAUCAUGAGAAAAAGCCGGGACAGUGACCUCUCAACAAUCAUCUCCAACUUGCACCACACCAGACAGCACGGUAUGCCCGAAGGCCAGUCAGCGUCUGACCACAGCACGAGUACUGGACACACAGAUGACCUUCUAGGCAAGAGGAGAAGUCUCUCCUCCAACAGCAGCAGCGAGUGUCCCUCUGAGAGCAAGAAGUCACGCAGCGUAUCCCCCAAAGAGAACUCCCAGAGCCCGGCGGUGGAGGCGGGCGGCAGCUACGGCCACAUGAGCCCCGAGGAACACUACAGACGCAUGAUGUCAGCGCUCAGCGAGCAAGGCUCCUACGAGGAGCAGCAGCAACGCCUCUACCAGCUGGCGAGCAGCAUGGGUCUGCCCGGCCAUGACAUCCUACGUGCUCGCCAGGAGGCGUUAGCUGCAGCAGUGAGGAAUCCAGGGGCUUUAGAAGCUCACCUGCCCUCAGCGGGCAGUUCGUCUUCAUCCAGCCAGAGACGCAAGCAGGGUCUGCCGCAGCACCGGGACGCACAUUACACCGACAGGGAACUUUCUCACCCUCCACCCUUACUGUCCCCCCCAAGUGCCCCUCACAUCGCCUUAGGACCUCACCUGCGGCCUCCUUUCCUCGGCAUGCCGUCUGCACUUUGCCAAACUCCCGGUUACGGUUUCCUUCAGCCAGCUCAAGCGGAGAUCUUUGCUCGGCAACAAGAGAUGUUGAGGAAGCAGAAUCUUGCCAGACUUGAGAUGUCGGCGGAGCUGCUGAGACAAAAGGAGCUGGAGAACCUCCAGCGGCAGCAGCAGCAGCGCCUGCUGGGCCCCGAGCCUCUGGGAGGUCUACCUCCAGGUUUGCCCCCAGACCAUCCGGCGCUGCGAAGCCUCAACGACAUCCCAGAGGGCCACCCGCUCCGCGAGGAACUGGCGCGCCGCUCAAACGCCAUGCUGGUGCUUCGCCACGGGGCUGCCACGCCCCUUCUAACCCUCAAUCACCAGCAGCAACAAGCAGGGACAUCUUCCACAUCCAAAGACGCCCGGGCGCACAGCGCCACCGCCAGGCCAGACACCGAUUCAAGGAAGGCUCCCCAAAGGGACACCCAGACUCAGCUCAGUACUGGAGAUCACACAGGAGGACGUGGAGCCAAGGAGGCGCAGGAUGAGGAGAUGAAGGACUCGGACAUUGAGACGGAGAUGUGUGAGGAGAAGCAGGAAGGAGCAGCUGCCAAAUCCACCAGUAGACCCAGGAAGCGGGAGGGGGAUAAAGACACUUGUAACAAGGGAGCAUGUGACAGCGCCAAGGAAAUGGGAGAGGGCUCAGGCAGACUGAGCGCCCCCUGUAGUUUGGCAGGUGCAGAGUCACCCAGUCGACACCUCUUGACUCCUGCACUUGGCAAAGGCGACAUCAAGUACCCACCUGCCACCUGGGUCAUGCCCCCUCUGCCUGCGCUGCACGCACAGUCUCUGCCCUUUGGCUUCCCAUACACAAACCCCUACUUUCACACGGGAUCUGUGGGGGGUCUUGUGGACGGGGAGGAGUCAGCCACAGCGAACACUGUGGAGGAUAUCAGCAAGUGGAGCGUGGGUGUGUGCGGCUUCAUCAGCAGCCUGGCCGGAUGUGCUGAAUACACACAGGUGUUCCGGGAGCACGCCAUCGACGGGGAGACUUUACCUCUGCUUACGGAGGAGCACCUGCUCAACACCAUGGGACUAAAGCUGGGGCCUGCACUCAAGAUCCGCUCACAGGUGGCGCGGCGUGUUGGCAGGCUCUUCUACAUGACUGGCUUCCCGUUGGCGUUCCCCUUUCCGCCUGCUGCUCCACUACGGCCACCAGAACGGGACCGAGACCCUCUGACCGCACAGUCCGACACAGCCUUGCCCCUCUCCCUGCCGCACAGACCCACAUCCGCCAGCAGCAGCUCGUCUCCUUACAGCGGCCCCAACCCUGGGUGCUCCUCCCCCAAGCAGGAAAAUGGUAAUGGAUCCACGGUGCUGGGAAGAUUCAAGGCUAAAUCUCCUUCAUAAAACAGGGCCGACCUGCUUCACAGCAACUGGACAAGCAGAGGGACUGCAGCAGAGAGACGGACUGUGGGGCUUCACCCCCACCUUUGGGAUAUUUAAGAUGAAACUUAUUGUAAAAUACUAGCCAACAUGGAUCGCAUCAGGCAAACCAAUCAGCUUCUGAGUUGCUUCUUCUGAGUUGCGCUGGCUGUAGCCGAGCAGAAUCCAAAGAAACUGGGCUGGAGAGAGACGCGCGAGGGAAUAAAGAGGAAAAGGAGACAGCUGGUCACAGACAGCCUGCCAAAACACACACACACAAAAAAAGCGACGUCCUGCCACAAACGCGACAUUCUUGCAAGUGAGACGCAAGCAGAAACUCUUCCUUCCUCCCUUUUGCUCUUUCUCUCCAUCUCUGACUGCUCUCACCACAAAGCCUGCAGAACCCAGACAUUAAAGACGCCUCACUCCUCCCCCCGCCGUGAGGCGCACACUGCGCAGCACCGGAUCUGUCCAACGCCCUCUUAUCGCUGUAACUAUGCAUUCCACCGUCCCGAUACCAAAGAUGACCAGAGGUGUGUGGAAUUGGAAACAUUUCAUGAGACAUUUUUUUUAAUGUUUUGCUCGACAGUCUCGGAGCAGUCCGACAGGGGAGCGGCGGGCUCGUAGCCUCACGUGACGGACUCUAUUUGAGGCGACGCAGCCGUCACAGGCGGAGCUUAAAAAUGACGCUGAAAGAGAAAAGCCUCAACACGUGCGGCUCGUGUCCUUGUAUACUUGUGUUGACUACUGUGGGAGUUAAAAAGCAAAAUGCGCAAAAUUGUACAGAAUCACGCCCAAGAUGAAAAUAUCCUGAAGGUUACACACGUGGUACUUUUUCUUUGUUUAAAUGUAGUUGCACGAAUAAGGUUUUCUUUACUGAAAAAUGUGACUUGCUGAAAUUUGGUACUUUUUGUUCAUUUUUGUUAUGUUUUUUUUUUAAGUAUUAAGACGCUCCACUCUUGAAUGCUACGUCAGCAUAUAAAUGGAAAAAAAUAUUUAUAGGACUUCUGAUGUCGUAGAUAAAGCAGAUUAUAUGUAUUAUCAUUAGCCCUCGAUACAGAUUCCAAAGAUACCUUUACUUUGUUUUCUCUUGGUUGCAGGGGAAAGGCACAGAGCUCUUAAUGCAAAUUUAAUUUGUUAUGGAUUUUUUUUUUUUUUUUAAGUAUGCAAGCAAUUAAAAAUGGUCUCUAGAUUUCUCUUCAA